GCCAGUCUCUGCUCGUUUGUGUUUCAUGUUGUUUCAAAUUGUGUUUUAAAAAUAUUUAGUGAAUACGUGAAUAAUGAUUAAUAUGGAAACAGAUAAAAUAAUUGAAGAUUCAAAUAGUAAUUCACAGUAUCCAAUGACAAUUUUAUAUGAUCCCGCACGGAAGAAAGAACCGUCGGCUACGUAUAAUGCUGAAAAAGAAACAUGUUUGAAAUACUUCGACAAAUGGAGCGAGACAGAUCAAGUGGAAUUUGUCGAGCAUCUUCUCGAAAGAAUGUGCCAUUAUCAACAUGGCCACAUCAAUUCGUACCUCAAACCUAUGCUUCAAAGAAAUUUUAUUUCUUUGUUACCAAAGUUAGGGUUGGACCAUGUUGCAGAAAGUAUUCUCUCAUAUUUGGAUGCAGACUCACUAUGCGCUUCAGAAAUGGUGUGUCGUGAAUGGCAUCGUGUGAUAUCAGAGGGUAUGUUAUGGAAAAAACUUAUUGAACGUAAAGUUCGAACGGAUAUGUUGUGGAGAGGUUUAGCAGAACGAAGAGGCUGGAUAUUAUAUUUAUUUAAACCGAAGCCAGGUGAAACACAUCGUAGUCAUUCCUUCUACAGAACAUUAUAUCCUAGAAUAAUACAAGAUAUAGAAAGUAUAGAAAAUAAUUGGAGAAUGGGUCGACAUAAUUUACAAAGAAUAAAUUGUCGUUCAGAAAAUAGUAAAGGAGUUUAUUGUUUGCAAUAUGAUGAUACGAAAAUUGUAUCCGGUCUUAGAGAUAAUACAAUCAAAAUUUGGGAUCGUCAUACUUUGCAGUGUACAAAAGUAUUAACCGGACACACCGGUUCAGUUUUAUGUUUACAAUACGAUGAUAAAGUAAUUAUAAGUGGUUCCAGUGAUUCCACAGUACGUGUAUGGGAGGUACAUAGUGGAGAAAUGGUUAACACUUUAAUUCAUCAUUGUGAGGCUGUGUUACAUUUACGUUUUAAUAAUGGGAUGAUGGUUACGUGUUCCAAGGAUCGUUCAAUUGCUGUUUGGGACAUGACAUCAAAAACCGAAAUCACAUUAAGGCGUGUUCUGGUUGGUCAUAGAGCUGCCGUUAAUGUUGUAGAUUUCGAUGAAAAAUAUAUUGUAUCAGCGUCUGGUGAUCGAACAAUUAAAGUGUGGAAUACAUCGACAUGUGAAUUUGUACGCACAUUAAAUGGCCAUAAACGUGGUAUAGCUUGUUUGCAAUACAGAGAUAGACUGGUUGUCAGCGGUAGUUCUGACAAUACUAUUCGUUUAUGGGAUAUUGAAUGUGGAGCAUGUUUACGAGUUUUAGAAGGGCAUGAAGAAUUAGUUAGAUGUAUUCGAUUUGAUAGUAAACGAAUUGUUAGUGGAGCCUACGAUGGUAAAAUUAAAGUAUGGGAUUUAAUAGCGGCAUUAGAUCCUAGAGCCCCAUCAAGCACAUUAUGUUUAAGAACAUUGGUGGAGCAUACCGGACGUGUAUUCAGACUACAAUUCGAUGAAUUUCAAAUAGUGAGCAGUUCACACGACGACACCAUCUUAAUAUGGGAUUUCUUAAAUUGUUCACCAAGCGAAGCAUCUGGUACACCUGUACCUGGUUCAACAUCAAAUCCUUCAGGAACACCUGCGUCAAUACCAUUGCCUACACGAUCACCGUCACCGUUUGAGUGACGGACUAACACAAAAAUGUUAUGUAAAUGUAAUUUUGCCACAAAUUGCGAACUAAAAUUGAAACGUCGCAUCGUUCUUCUGACAGUAGCGCUAUGUAAUCGAAAUGGAAUUACUGCUGGUCAUAAUCAUGCUAUGUUAUGAUAAGGAGGCAUUGAUUACGGUACUUGCUGGCUCUACACACAACCAACAACAGUGCUGUUAAUUUAUAUUUAAGCAAUGUUAAAAAAAAUAAUAUUUAGUGAAAAAAA